AUGCCUAAAGUGACGAGCAUAGAGAAGUUUAUAGAGUUAUCAACCGACUUGUUAGCAAACUAUCCAACAACAACAACUUUAUCAACCACAUAUACCAAUGUAUCUAAAAAAUCUAAAAAAUCAACUUCAGAAUCAGCAGCCACAUCCAAACCAAAAUCAAACAAAAUUUCAACUCAUGCUGUAAGUUUCAAACUUUAUGAACCUAAUUCUGGGAAAUGUAUAAGAUACACCACAACCAAAUCUAAAGAAUUGUCACGAUUAUUAAAUUUCAUUGGUCCCAAAGGUUUAACUAAUGAUAAUUUACAUGUUGUGGGAUUAGCUGGUUUAAUGACUAAUGUGAAAUAUGAAAAACCAAUCGAACCAAGUUUAGAAAAUACUCCUAUUCCAGAAUCAGAGAAUUUGGCUACAAAGGAAAUUGAACAGAAUAAACCUGAUGCUAAAGAGGAAAAAACUACUACUACUACUUCCAGUAAAAAGAAGAACAAGAAGAAGAAAAAAAAGAAUUGA